AUGUCCUUCUCUCAGUUCGGAUAUCCCUACAGCACCACUUCACAGUUUUUCGUGCCCGCCAGCCCCAGCACGACCUGCUGCGAGGCUGUCCCCCGCUCCGUGCCGGAUGCCUCCUCGGCGCCGGCCGCCGCCUCCCUCUGCUGCGCCCCGUACGAGAGCCGGCUGCUGGCGCCCGGCCGCGCCGAGCUCAAUGCGGCGCUGGGCAUGUACGGUGCCCCGUACGCCGCCGGCCAGGGCUACGGCAACUACCUGCCCUACAGCGCCGAGCCCGCAGCGCUCUACACCGCGCUGAACCCCCAGUAUGAAAUCAAGGACGGCGCCGGCACGUUGCACUCGGGGAUCGCGCAGCCCGCUGCCUACUACUCCUACGAUCAUUCCUUGGGGCAGUACCAGUACGACAGGUACGGGACGGUGGAUUUCAGUGGUUCGGCCAGACGCAAAAAUGCAACGCGAGAGACGACGAGCACCCUCAAGACGUGGUUGUACGAGCACCGCAAAAACCCCUACCCCACCAAAGGAGAGAAAAUCAUGCUGGCCAUCAUCACCAAAAUGACCCUGACGCAAGUGUCCACUUGGUUUGCUAACGCCAGACGGAGGCUCAAGAAAGAAAACAAAAUGACCUGGUCUCCCAAGAACAAAGCGGGGGAAGAGAGGAAAGAAGAAACCCCGCGGGAAGAGGAGGAAUACGAGCAGAAGAGCUGCAAGGAGGACAAGGAGCUGCGGUUCAGCGACCUGGACGACCUGGAGGAGGAGGAGGAGGAGGAGGAGGAGGAGUCGAGGAAGCCGGAGAAGGGCCGGGCCAGCUCCCUGCAGGAAGCCCCCAGCCUCGGCGCGGCGCUGCCCGAGGCUCCGCGGAGCGACUGCAGCCUGCCCGGCCCCUUCCGCGCCUUUCCCUGCGCCAAGCGGAGGGGAGAGGUGUUAUCUGCUCCGGGAACAAAGCGCAGGUUCCCUACGCGUGUCCGCGGCGGCGGGGCCGGGCCGGGCCCCGCUCCCCGCCGUGUCCCGGCCGCCUCCGCCCAGCGCACCGGGGAGAGACCCGGCUCCCUCCCGUUCCGUUUGCCCGGCGGCUUUGGGAAGAGGCUCCCCGGAGAGGCAGCUCUGCAGCGGCCUCCUGAGCUGCCCACGGGAGAGGAAACCUGCACGGCCCUCGCGGCCCAGGGGCGGCCAGGAGCUCCCCCGGGUUGCCGACUCUGCCCCCCGGCCCUGGUAUCCCCCGGCCUCCACGGGAGCGCCCGAAGGAGCCGCGAAGCCCCCGGGGGUGGUUAA